AUGACAGCGCUUUGUCUCGGGGGCCUGCUGGUCUCGCUUGACGGCACGAUCCUCGGCACAGCAGUGCCCGCUAUCACUGCCGAGUUCGGCUCUCUCGGAGACGUGGGAUGGUACAACAGCGUGUACCUUCUGACCAUGUCAGUGCCGCAGCUGCUGUUUGGCAAGCUCAAUUCACGAUAUCCAGUACGGUGGAAUCAUAGCGCAGCGAUGCUACUGUUUGUCGUUGGAUCAGCUGUCUGCGGCGCAGCGCCAUCCUCCGCCGGCCUCAUCGCGGGACGCGCCAUUGCAGGUCUGGGUUGCUCUGGGCUCCUGGUGUCUACCAUGUCUCUGGCUCCGGUCCUUGCGCCGCCGGCACGCCAACCCCUACUGAUCGGCAUGUUUGCGGCUACAAUGGGGCUCGGCAUCGCCAUCGGACCUUUAGUGGGUGGUGUGUUGACCGAGACGGUCUCGUGGCGAUGGAAUUUCUACAUCAACCUUCCCUUCGCUGCCGUUAUAUACGCAGUCUUCCUAUGGCUCGUGCCUUCUCCCUCGAAUCCGAUCGCACGCACGACGACACCAACGCACAGCAGCUUCUGGCAGACUCUCGACCCCCUCGGCCUCACGACACUCACCGCGUCCGUGACAAGCCUGCUCCUAGCCCUACAAUGGGGCGGAGUCCAAUAUCCAUGGAAUGACGCACGCAUCACUGCGCUGCUAGUCCUCUCCGGCGUGCUCAGUCUCGUGUUUCUCUGCGUUGAGGUGUGGCAGCGCGAGAAUGCCAUGUUGCCCGCUUCCAUCUUUACCCAGCGCAGUGUUGUCUGCUCAGCCCUCUUCUCGUUCUGCAGCAGCGGUGCGUCUGUGGUGCUGGUCUACUACUUACCCAGUUGGUUUCAGGGCGUCAUGGGUGUCAAUGCGUUGCAGUCUGGGGUCAACACGCUCCCACUCGUCAUGACGACGGUUUUCACGACAGCUGCAGGUGGCUUGCUCCUGACACAUGUUGGGCAGGUUGGGACGCUCAUGCUUGUCGCUACCGUGUUCAUGUCAAUCGGCGCGGGGCUCUUCACCACAUUCAAGUUCGACUCGCCCACAUCUUACUGGAUUGGGUGCCAGAUUGUGUAUGGCCUUGGGAACGGAUUCAGUAGGCAAGCUCCCGCCAUAGCUGUUCAGAAGGUUCUCGCCGAGUCUGAUAUGCCCAUCGGCUUUGGCAUGAUCAUGUUUUCGCAGUUCAUGGGCGGCGCAAUCUUUAUUCCCAUAGCACAAGCUAUAUUCAUUAACAAAUUGGCAGGGGGCUUACAAAGUCUAGGCCUCCACGCGGUGGACCCCGCUACCUUGGCCGCAGAGGGGUUGACCACCAUUACCGCCGGACUGGAGGGCCAAGUCAAAGACGCGGCUCUAACUGUGAUCAACAAUUCUCUCGUUCAGGCGUGGCAUGUCUCUGUAGGUCUAGCUUGUGCGGGUAUCAUUGGGGUGGUCUUUGUGGAACAUGGCAGGAUAAACAGAAAACCCAAGAAUCUUUAG